AAUUGAAACCAGCCCUAAGCUCCUUAUUCCUCCGCUCUAAAGAUAUAUAGCUAUACAUAUAUGGAGUGGUUUAAUAAGAUCAGAGAUGCUGUUAAGGCCUUUGCCAUUCUUUCUAGACUCUAGGUGGUGGAAGAAGAGGAGGGAAGAAGAAGCUGCUGUCGCCGUCACCGCCACCGCCGCCGCCGCCGCCGCAUCGGCAAAAAAGGCUAUGAAGAUGGAGGCAUAUGUUAGUCCCACCAUGGGAGAUGUUAAGGAGAGGAAAGCUGGAUUCGAAGAGAAGGUGUCCAUGGAUUCUACAGCUAGCAGUCUAAAGGGGAAAAAAGUCUGUGAAGGGUGCAGCCUGAGAAAGAAAGAAAACUCAGAGCAUGCAUCAAAUCCUGUUCACCAAAAGUUGAAUCUGAUCUAUAUCCCUAAGGAAGUUGAGGAGUGUUGGAGUUGUGGUGUCAAAACUACACAAGAGGCAGCAAAUGGAAAGAAAGAUGCACAAGAGGCAGCAAAUGGAAAGAAAGAUGCACAAGAGGCAACAAAUGGAAAGAAAGCUGCACAGGUGACAGCAAAAUGAAAUGAAGGGGGAGCUGCACCAAACACGAUAGCAGUAGAGGACAGCAAGCUAUGCUACAAAUGUUGAUGAAAUGAGGUUGUAAUGAAAUGCAAAUGAGGCUGUAAAGUAGCAACAAGUACAGCCACAUGAAGCUGCACAAGUGGCAAUAAGUCUUUUAAUGUAAUCUUGCAUUAAAUGUAUUAGAUAAGU